CGCUGUCAAAUGUCGAGUAAUUCGUACCGUUGACUAUUUAACCAGGCUCGCGUAUAUUUACGCGAGUUUUUUGUAAUCGUGUGAGAAAAGAUAAUUUAUAAAGAUGACGCAGAAAGAAAAACAGGCAGAUAAUUUUAAUUCAACAGCGGAUUUAACAACCAAUACCGGCUUUGAAUCGACUUUAAGCAUAGACUCCAAGGACAUCAUCCGAGAUGAAAAAGCCUACAACCCCUUCGAGCACCGAGAAGUGGAACAUCCAAAUUCAACGAUCGGUGCCACAAUCCAUCUCCUGAAAGGAUGCUUGGGCUCUGGCAUCCUCGCGAUGCCGUCGGCGUUCAAGAACGCUGGCAUAGUGGUCGGCAUGAUUGGGACCAUCCUAGCGGGCGUCAUCUGUACGCACACCGUCGCUUUAGUGGUCAGGUCGUCUCAGGAGCUUUGCGUCAUAGCAAAAAAGCCUUCAAUGGGAUUUGCUGAAACGUGCGGCGCGGCCUUUACCUACGGCCCCAAGAAAUUACAGAGCUGGGGGUCUUUUGUAAGAACAGUUAUUGACUACUCGAUGGUGGCGACGUACAUAAGCUUGCUCUGUGUCUACACAGUGUUCAUCGCGUCGUCCAUUAAAGAGGCAAUGGACGGGUGGUAUCCAGAGUCCGAUAUAUCCUUCCAAGUAUACUGCGCACUCUGCUUAGUACCCCUCGUACUGAUUUGCCAGAUAAGGAAUCUGAAGUACUUGGUGCCUUUCUCAGCGACCGCCAACUUGCUUAUCGUGGUGGUGUUCGUGGUCACCAUGUAUUACAUAUUCAUUGACCUGCCCUCUCCAAAGGAGAGGGAGAUGGUCGCCAGUGUGACUUCAUGGCCGCUGUUCUUUAGUACGGUAAUAUUCGCAAUGGAAGGCAUCGGCGUAGUAAUGCCUGUGGAGAAUGAAAUGUCACAUCCGGAGAAGUUCUUGGGAUGUCCUGGAGUGCUGAACACGGCUAUGAUCAUCGUCAUAUCAUUGUACGGAGUGUUUGGAUUCUUCGGAUACGUCCAAUUCGGCGACGCUGUCAAGGGCAGCAUAACUUUAAACCUACCUCAGGAUCAAUGGGUAGCACAAGGAGCCAAGCUGUUGAUGGCGGUGGUCAUCUAUUUAUCAUUCGCCCUCCAGUUCUACGUUCCAAUGGAAAAAAUCAACCGUAUGUUGGCCAAGCGAAAGUCUGAUAAAUACGAGAAUGUUAUACAAAUUGGAAUUCGAACUACGUUACUCACUAUUGUUGUUGCAGUUGCUGUCCUAUUCCCUAACUUGGAGCUCGUGAUCAGCCUCGUGGGCGCCAUCUUCUUCUCCACCCUAGGCCUCCUGAUCCCAGCGCUGAUCGACACGGUCUACCGUUGGGACAGGGAUCUCGGCAGAUGGAACUAUAUUCUUAUCAAAAACACCAUCAUCAUGAUCAUUGCUGUUAUCGCACUUGUAUCUGGAUCAUAUGUUUCAAUCGCCGAAAUGAUCCAUGAUAAAAGUGGUAUCAGUCAUGAAAAUGUCACAUUGACGUAAUCCGAUAAGUCACUUACUGCUAACGCUAUGUUUUUGAAAGGGUAAUCCACACUUGCGUACACGCACGAACCGAGAACACAAGGUGCACCGAACACCUAUAGGCGCGUCUUCUGCUUGAGGUCUUUUAAUUAGUAUUAGAGGCGCCGGUAUUAUCUAACCCGUAGGUAUAACUUGUAAUGUGUGGCACGGCUUUCAAAAAUAAACGUCUUUU